AUGUCGAUCAUCAUACCACCGUGUGAUCUGCACAUUUACGCAUCUUCUAUAAACAAUACUCGAGGUGUUGACUCCGCCAUUAGUCCUAGUUUCUUUAAAGAGCUAGAUGAGCUCAAAGCUAAGGGUCUUCCCUCCGUCCAUGAUCGAAUCUUGGUCUCGGAUCGAGUGCACAUCAUCUUGCAGAUGCACAUCGCAGUCGAUGGACUCGAAGAGAAGGAGCUUGGAGACAAGAAGAUUGGCACGACCGGCAGGGGUAUUGGCCCAACUUACUCCAAGGCCGCAGCGCGUGAAGGCGUUCGUCUUGUUGACGUCUUCAACCCUGAACUUUUCGAGCAAAAGUGCCGGAAAUUGGCCGAUGGCUACAGAAAACGCUUCGGAGACCUAUUCGAGUACGAUAUUGAAGAGGAGCUGACCCAAUUCAAGGAAUAUCGACCCAUGCUGGAAAAGUACGCUGUGGAUGGCGUUACUUUCAUGCAGUCGGCCCAGGAGAAGAACAUGAACAUCAUCGUGGAGGGCGCAAACGCACUAAUGCUCGACGUCAACUAUGGCUCGUACCCAUUUGUGACUUCCUCCAACACGACACUGGGCGGUAUCAUUACCGGACUCACCUUGAACCCCAAGAACAUCACCGAGACUAUCGGAGUGGUCAAGGCUUACACCACCCGUGUCGGACAGGGAGCUUUCAAGACGGAAGAUCUUGAAGAAGUUGGAAACAAGCUCCAAGAGGUUGGCCGAGAAUGGGGAACAUCGACUGGCCGAAGACGCCGAUGCGGAUGGCUCGACCUCGUGGUUGUCAAGUACAGCGCUUCGAUCAACUACUACUCUGCUCUGAACCUCACCAAGCUCGAUGUCCUGGACGAUUUCGACACGAUCAAGGUCGCCAUUGCCUACAAGGUCGACGGAGAGGAGCUGAGCCACUACCCUGCGGAUCUUGACCUGCUCGCCCGAGCCGAGGUUGUAUAUCCCGAAAUGCCUGGAUGGAAGAAGCCAACUACCAACGCCAGGACCUUCUACGAUCUCCCUAAGCAAGCCAGGGAUUAUGUCGAGUAUAUCGAGAAGCUUGUUGGAGUCAAGAUCAAGUGGAUUGGAACCGGUCCUGAUCGCGAGGCCAUGAUCAAGCGUGCCUAG